AUGUCGCCGCAGAUUCACUCCAAAAUCACCAAGUGCAUCUGCCAUCCGUCGCUGCCUUAUUCGUGUGUCGAGGUGCGCGAAGUUAAAAAUGGAGCUCAGCUCCAAUGCGUUUUGAUACGAUGUCCCGCCUUCAAUGCCGAACGUCCAGCGUUAUGGUUCGCCCAACUCGAGGGACAGUUUCAUCUAUCCGGGAUUAACGAUGAAGUAACGAGGGAUUACUAUGCCUCGUCUCAUCUCGAUCCCAAGGCCGCUGCUGAGGUGCAAGAUAUCCUCCUAAAUGUGCCUGCCGAGACACCGUACACAGGUCUCAAGGAGGCGCUCAUCGUACGCCUCACGCUCUCCCGGGACGCACGACUCCAGCAGCUGCUCAACCGAGAGGUAUUGGAUGACAGGAAGCUCUCGCAAUUUCUGCGUCAUCUCAGGAGUCUCGACGACACGGUUCCUGACAACAUUUUACGCACCAAGUGGCUCAGCCGACUGCCGAUGACGACGCAGUCCAUCCUGGCGUCACAAGCGGACAUAGCUCUCGACAGGCUUGCAACACUCGCCGAUAAACUGCACGAGAUCGCAUUGCCGGUAGCCCACUUCAAUGACGUCCAGGAGCCAACGUCCUCAGCCCUCGAGACACGCUUUUCUCAUCUCGAAGCCACAAUCUGCGAGGUGGUAUCGGCCCUAAAAGGGCAAAGCGUCGCACGUUCUCGCUCCCACUCUCGAUCCCGUUCUCGAGCAACCUCGCACCCGAUAACAACCAGUGCUGUCCUGCAGCAACGACGAGGACAGCACUGGGAACCACUGGGAUUUUUCAGCCAGAAACUACAACCUGCGCUGAGGAAGCACUGCCCUUACGAUCGAGAGCUCCACGCCAUCUACGCUGCCGUGCGAAAGUUCCGCUACAUUUUCGAGGCAAGGCACGUCAUGAUCUUCACAGAUCAUAAGCCGUUGCUUCACGCCUUCGCCCAGGAUUCCGACAGAGUCACGCCAUGGCAGUUCUACCGCCUGGAUUUUAUCGGUCAGUAUUCGACCGACAUCCAGUACGUGGCCGGCAAGGACAACGUUGUCACCGAUGUGCUUUCUCGUAUCGAGGCAAUCUCUGCCGGCGUCUCUACGAAUGACCUUGCCGAAGCUCAAGCUGCUGAGGGGGAGCUCUAG